AAGCAAUCAAAUCUCCCUCGCAAGUCCAAGUGCAGUGCUCUGGAAUCGCCUCGAACCAUACUUGUUAUGACUGUGCUGAUGGUAGUACGCCUGAUGAACACCGCAGGAAGAAGCCUUGAUCAGGAGCUCUAUACAAUACUGUACAGGUGAGCGCAUCGAAGACGAGAUCUUCUUACGCAAUACUGGCAGUUGUCCAGCAAGUUGAAGAGAUGUGCCCUUACUCCCCAUCGUGUUCGAGUCCUAGGAGCCCAGCCCACAAAGACAUUCUAUUUUCUUUGUUUAGCCUCUGCCUUUCCUGCCACGUGCACACUACCAUAUCUCCCCCUCCAACGUUGUGCUUUGUUUGUUUUGGUGCCGCUGGCCUCUUGCGGCGUGCGACCUGCAUUCCUACGGGAUAUACGCAUGCUUCCUGUGAUGGAGCCAUCCCUCGAUCCCUCUUUGAUCGCUCGUUGCGGCAGAUUACUCAAUGUCCCAUUCGUCCGCUCCGCUAGGUGCUUCUGUUUGUUGCAGCAAAGCACCCCUCGACAUUCACCAAUUGAAACCGUUUGGUUCGUCUGUCGUGGUACGCGUCCAUCCCAAAGCAGCCGUUUCUUUUCUUUCAUGGUGCUUUCUUUGCACAGAACCAUGUCUCACUAGGUCGCCUUUACCCCGAUUUUCUCUUCUUCCCUCAAAUCGGCCGCUAGCUGUGCAAGUCUCCGUCAAGCCGCCAACAUGAAGAACUUCCACGGCGCCGUUCUGGCAAUUGUGUUCGCUUCGAGCUUUGGCAAUGUCGACGCGUUCUGGCGUAUGGUUUGCGGCACCGUUCAGGUAGGCAGGAUUGAUCCGAUCAUCUCCCCUGGCGGCAUUUCGGGGCAUUGUCACACCAUUGCUGGACCCAACAACCUCAACACGACGUCAACCUUCGACAGUCUUCAGGCGUCCUACUGUACCUCGUGCAGCAUUCAAAAGGACAAGAGUGCUUACUGGACUCCUCAACUGUACUACCGACACCGGAAUGGCUCUUUCGAAGAAGUGCCCCACGACGGGACUGUCGUCUACUAUCUGGACCGAGGAGUCGACGUUCCAAACAUGGUCCCAUUCCCACCAGGAUUUCGAGUUCUUUCCGGAGACUCAGCCGCUCGAUCCUAUGACGCCUCAACACUGACUUACGGCAACAAGUCAUAUGGACCCCGACCGGUUGCCGACCGGACCAGUUUUGCCUGCCUAGACAGUAGCGGUCCCAUGCCUGAAACGCCCGGCUUCAAUGUGACCAAGUGCAGUUCGGGCCUCCGCGCACAGAUUCAUUUCCAAAGCUGCUGGGACGGGGUCAACCUGUACAAAUCGGACCAAAGCCAUGUGGCGUACCUGUCAGGCAUGGACAACGGCAUCUGUCCGCCGACGCACCCGAAACUGCUCCCGCAUCUGUUCUUCGAAAUCAUCUACUCGGUCAACAGCGUCGACCAAUCCGAUGGGGGCAUGUUUGUCUUUUCCAACGGAGACACGACCGGAUACGGGUUCCACGGAGAUUUCUUGAACGGCUGGGAUCCACAAGUCCAAGCGGAUGCGAUCAAACAAUGCAUGGGCGCUGCAGCGACCAACGGCGGACAGAUUGGUCUCUGUCCUCCUCUAGCGGCCUCGGUAGAUCCGUUCUUCAGCCGCAACUGUCCUGAGCAACCACCUCUGGUGAACGAGACGGUGCACGGCAUGCUCAAAGUCCUUCCUGGCUGCAACCCGCCCACCGGGGGACCUCUCCGGGCGGCUCAGAACACAUGUCCCAUCCAGCCGACCCUGAACUAUAUCCCCAACCAGGACUACAAGAAUCGCUCCGUGGCCGUCCCUGGCGACAAGGUCGGUAGUUGGCAGUACAUGGGCUGUUCGUUCGACACCGGCACGCCACGCCCCUUGGCCGGGCUGAGCUACAGCAACAACACGGCCAUGACGAUCGAUUCAUGCACCGCCUUUUGCAAGAAGAACGGCUAUUUCCUGGCUGGGCUGGAAUACUCGACUCAAUGCUACUGCGCCAGCGCCAUGUCGCAGCCCCUCCAAGACCCCGUCACCUGCGCCUCGCAAUCCUACAUGAUCUGCAGCGGCGACAGCUUUCAAUUCUGCGGCGGUCAAGGCCUGAUGCAGAUUUGGAAUGAUACCACCUACUCUGGCCCCGCCAUCAAAGGUGUCCCCGUGGCCGGAAAGACCACCAUGACUCUGCCCUCCGGCGGAAACGCCACUUACCAGGGCUGUUUUGCCGAAGCCAACGUCGGCAAGGCUUUGACCCCGUCCUACACCAGUGCCACCAACAUGUCGCUGGAGAGCUGUGCCGCGUCGUGUCAGAAGGGUAACUAUGCUUUGUUCGGUACCGAGUAUAGUCAAGAAUGCUACUGCGGCAACACCAUCACCACAGCCCAAGUCGGCCAGGGGAACUGCUCGUCCUUUUGCACCGGCGACAAGACCGAGUUUUGCGGCGGCGGCUCUCGACUUUCCAUCUGGUCCUUAUCAGGCUACACAGCUGGUAGCGGUACUGGUACUGGUACUGGUACCGGAAGCGGCUCUGGAAGUUCAACCGCCUCCUCCUCACCAAGUAAUACCGUCUCCGCCAUCCCCGCCGCGACUUCAAUCGCCUACAUGAACUGCUACUCUGAAACACCAAGCUCUCCACGCGCGCUGUCCGCAGUCUUCAAAUCCUCCGGAUCAAUGAGCAUCGACCUGUGCGCACAGACGGCCCAGAGUCUAAACCUCCAAUAUUUCGGAUUGGAAUACUCGUCGCAAUGUCUGGCCGGAAGCACCCUGGACCCGCGGUCUACGGUAAUUGCCAGCUCGAAAUGCAACAUGGCCUGCGCGGGAAACAAUAAACAAACAUGCGGUGGAUCCAGUGCCAUUAGCUUGUACAACAAUACCCAGUACGUCAAACCUUACAACCCGAACCCGGUCAGUGUCCCCAAUCAGCCGGGGUCGCAGUAUGGUUAUGUGGGCUGUUACGCUGAACCGGCGGGUGCUCGCGCCUUGGGGUCGACGGCCACUUAUGGCGCUUAUACUACCACGUCGAAUACCUUGACGGUCGAGGCCUGUGCUGCCCUAUGCUUUGCAAAGGGAUAUCCGUGGAUGGGCGUCGAGAAUGGGAACCAGUGUUUCUGUAAUGGGGCUGGCUUGAUUAAUGGCGCCGCAAAGUCUGCCGGUGGUGACGCCGACUGUGCCGUCACCUGUCUCGGCGAUCCCAAGGAAAAUUGUGGUGGCGUGGCAAAGUUGAACGUCUACCAGGUCAAGAGCGGUGCUGGCGGCGCAAAGUAUGCCGGUGCAAGCAGGUCACUCGAUCUGAAGAGAGGUUGGCGGUUCAAGACUUGGUAAGCCAAUGCGAGGUAUACUGGACCAGUUUGAUAUAAAGGAAACAUGCAGUGGGCAGUGAAAUGGGUGGGAAGCAAAGUCUAUUCUGUAGAUAUCUAGCACUGGCAGUGAAUCACACUUCCAACCCACGAGUUUCUGUCUAGAAUGAAAAUGACCUCUUUUUGGACACUCCCAUA